AUGCCAACCGAGUCUGAGAUGCGGUCUCGUCGAGACUCAUGGCCACCUACUCAGGUGCGCCUCAAGCCAACUGUUUCAACAAAGGAUGACCCGCUUCCGUCUCUGGAUGAUAUCGACGAUGAUCCCCUCACAUACUUUCUCACACCGGCACCAAACAUGGAUGACGAUGACCUGGAUCAAGUCAUGAUGGACUUUGACGCAGGCAUCGAAGACGCCAGCCAACCUCGUCCCAUCGUCCGCAGUGUGAGCCCAUCCACCCUCGAUGGCCUCCGCAAGCCAGGUCUCCGCCCCAUCUCUCCGGACACAAGCUCUGAUAUCUCAACAUCCAACAACGAGGACGAAGACGAUGACGAUGAGGAAUACAUCAGCUUCUCGCCCAGCAAGCAUGGCCUCCUUUCUCUACAAGACAUCUUUGCCAACAGUCAUCCCCCCGUGCGUCCCAAGAGCCCCGCCUUCAACCAGUCUUCCAACACGACUCACCUUUCGCCGGCCUCCUUCUCCAACUCGCAGCUUCGCGGGAGGGUCCGAGGUCGCGGGCGGCACGGAGCAUCGUCCCGGAACCUCACUGCGCGGCGCCGAGCGGCGGCGGGUGGUCAACUGUGGAGGGAGCCAAGCCCAGAUGUGUGGUCGAUCGAGGAGGAGACUGAGGAGGAGAUGAUGAGUGACAUGGGGAGCAGCGUCGCUACGCCGAGUGAUGUCGGCGAUGAUGAGGUUUAUGGUGAUGGUAAGAGGGCUAUGAAGCCCAAGAAGAAGGUCCGGUUCAUGUUGCCCGCGAGGGAGGGUCAGUGA